AUGAGGCCUAAAUACCAUAUCGUUUCAAUAAUCCUCGGAGUCACCAGAAUUGUCAACAAUAGCCUCACCAAAAUCCUUCAUGAAUUCAUCAGAAUCUUCCAAGUUGUAUGUGAGGUAUAUUUGAUAAAUUUGAGACUCAAAGGAGUUGGGGCAGAUGUAGUUGUUACUGCAUACGAGCUUGUCUUCAUAAACGGUCUCUUAGAACUUCACAUCUACGACGCCAAGGUGGACGAGGGUUGCGAUAGGUUGGGUUAUGAUGACGUGGAAAAAGAAGAAGAUGUUUUGUUGAUAAGUUUGUUGCAUGUAUUGGGAACUGAUGGGGAGGACACUUUAAGGUGUAUAGUUGGAGUGGUGGCUAAUGAGGAGUCACAGGGUGACAAAGAUGCUCUGGUUUAUAGCAUUUCACCAGGGAUUAUAGACCUCACUUAG